AUGAGCUCGUCUACUCAAGCAGCAGCGCAACCAUCCAGGGUAGCCGUCCGGGCUCACCAAAUCAGAUCUCGACCAAACUUCAACUCUUCAACCGAAUUCGUCACCUUUACCGCAAACAAGGACAAUGUUGGCGUCAAGUUCGUCAUCCACAAAGAGUUUGCUUGUCACUACUCUAAAGUCCUUAAAACUGCUUUUGCCAGUAGCUUUAUCGAAGGAGAAAGCCAAACGUACACCUUCCCGGACUAUGGAGAGGAGGUUCUUCGACUCCUGGUAGGAUGGAUCUAUUCGACUAAUCUGGUUAUGCCAGAGUGGGACAAUAUCUUCUUUGAGGACACAAAUACCGAUUAUCUGACGCAACUCUGGGUGCUGGCGGAUCAGCUCAAGAUCCCGCAAUUGCAGAACUGUGUUGUUCGAAAGCUCAAGGAUAUCACAGAUAGCAGUGGCAGGAUUCCGACUCAUUGCUUAGACUACGUCUAUCAGAAUACAGGUGUCGAUAGCAAGCUUCGAACAUGGUACAUGCACCGUUGUGCCAAGAUCAUGAGACCCUACUUCUGGUCCUCUCAGAACUUCCCACCCACGAUGUUGCAAGAGGUAGUCGCCUACCUAGCAGAACGCAAGCCAGAGUUUCAACGACCCUUGUUUUCGGACGAUGACUUGACGCGCUACGAAGUUCCCGAGGUCGAGCAAUGA